CACCUCUCGCGCCGGCUCGACGAUGGCAGGUCUCCGCACGCCUGUAGAUGUCGAAGACCUGCUCGAAUACCUUCGCCUAGCGGAGCAUCCGCCGAGCCCGGUGACCGACGCGUACAAGGCGCUCAUGCGGGCAGCGCUUGUGAGGGUGUACAAUGCGGCCGAGCACGAGGGCCGCACGCAGCCGCGCGCGGACAUUCUCAAAGACAUCGAAGACAUGGAGGGCCAGGUCGCAGCUGCCGAUUGUCAAAGCAUCCACACCCUCACUCUCACGGUCCUCAGAGGCUUGCGCGCAGGGCUCGCCCAGCGUGGUCGUCGCGGUGCCUCGAGGGCGACAGGCGAGCACAGCUUGUCGCAUGUCGACGGUGAGGCCGGCGGGCACUGCCAGAGCGAGGGCUCCUUGCGUCGGCUGCACCUCUACUUUGGCCAGCGGUACUAGCGUUCUUCUGUCCCUCGAGCGUCUUCUCUCAGUCUUGCAACGCCGGUCUCUCGCCUCGUUCCCGAG